AUGGAUUCUAAUAAAAACGGCGACUCUCCACCACCUUAUAUCUAUUCAACAUUACAACCAACAAAUUCAUUUGCUAGCCCAUUUUCUUCUAAUGAACCUUCAAAACUAAAUGUAGAAUUAACAAAUCCAACCUUCAAUAACAAUAAUUCAUCGUCUUCGUCAUGUCGGGAUUGUUUAGAAUGUUUUGUAUCAAUUAUGGAAUUUCUUUCUUGCUGUUGCGCAUUUGUUGGAUGUAUAGCAGAAUGUGCUAAAUAA